GUGUCACCGGGAAGGGGAAAAAAAUGCGGACGUCACCGAAGGGGUCAUCUCGGAAGUAAAAAUCGUCUUGAAGGACCACGGUUUCAUUUUACGCUAGUUAAUGGGUCGCGCUCUUGUUUCGACAUCUAUUAUCGCCCGUCGUUUGUUUAUUUGCAGCCGUUUGACACCGUCCACGCGUGUCCACCACCGAGAGAAGCUGGCGGACGUGGCUACAAGUAGGGAUGCCGCAUUGGAUAUUUUUGUGAUGGAUCUAAAAUGGAAGUUGCACUGCAUCAAGAGCAGGUGUACAUCUUAAUAUAUUUGGUAAACAAUUCGGCUAUUUGAAAUAUUAACCACUGCACCCAAAAUAUUUGGCAACAAAAAAAUCUACAUUUCACAUAUUUUUACAGACGACAGUGUUUGCAGAAUAUUUGUAUUGUAAGUUAAAUACAAAUAUUCCAGGAAAUCUUUUUUAAAAAUCUGAAACAUUUAAGAAAAACUAGGCGUAAUUGCAAAUCUACCGCAGCGGUUAUGAAAUGUGAGUGGAGCUGGUCACAGAUGUUGUGCAGAAGGUGCCGUGGUCUUAUUUGAGUGCCGCAUUACAUCUGUUGCCGCUCUUCAUCAUCAACGCUCCACCUGAAAUCCCACCACAUCCCGGUCGGAAAGUCUUAGCAUUCGAAAACACUGCACGUGGCAGCAAUUGCCAACCUUUAGAUUCAUUCUGAACGACAAGAUUUAAAGAUAUUCACUUCUGAGGUUGUACGCCGAGGCCUGGCCAUUGGUAUUGUACAUCCCAACUACCUCCGUUACUGGAGGAUAUAAAUUGCCAUGGCUUCUGGGACUUCGGAAUCGAGCCUGGCCUUGGUGCCCUACCAGAAGUUGCUGUGCUUGCACAUGAUAAAUCACGGCGGAUUUGGAAUUGUGUACCGGGCACGUCACGCCGAUUGGAACAUCUCCGUGGCCAUCAAGUGUCUGCGCUUCAGCGGGUCCGUGUCUCAACAGGACCGAGAGAGCCUUCUAGCGGAGGCCGAGAAGAUGGUCCGCGCGCGAUUUCAGUUCACCCUGCCCGUGUUGGGCAUCUGCAAUGAGCCCACGUUCCUGGGCAUUGUGAUGGAGUACAUGCCCAACGGCUCACUUGACACCCUACUUCACCAGAAAGCCGUGUACCCAGAGCUGCCGUGGCCGCUGCGCUUGCGCGUGCUGCACGAGGUGGCGCUCGGCGUCAACUUCCUGCACAGCCUCGAGCCGCCGCUGCUACACCGCGACCUCAAGGCGAGCAACGUGCUGCUCGACGAGGAGUUCCACGUCAAGUUGGGGGAUUUCGGGCUGGCCAAGUGGCGGCAGCUGUCCCUCGCGUGCUCCUCCGUGCACUCCCAGGCGGGCACGGGCACUGUGUUCUACAUGCCGCCCGAGGCCUUCGAGAUGCACUACCGCCCCUCCAUCAAGUACGACGUCUACAGUUACGCCAUCUUGUCUUGGGAGGUGCUGACACGCCAGCGCUCUUUUGAGGACGCCGUGGACUCGACGCAGGUGAUAUUCAGCGUCUUCCGGGGCAACCGCCCUUCCACGUCCGAGAGCGCGCUGCCCCUGUCCACGCCGCACCGCGCCCCGCUGCUCGCACUCGUGCAGAGGUGCUGGGCGCAGGACCCCGAGCAGAGGCCCUCCUUCCACGAAUGCAGCACAGAAAUGGAGAAGCUCCUAAGAGGCUAUCAACCACGUGACUUGGCUAUCGCCAUUGUGCAGCUCGUGGAGCACAAGGAGAACGCAGAGCGGAGUUUUCUGCUAUCUCCUCACGAUGGAAAAAGUCUAGUUUCAGCGGUUGACAACCUGGAACUGUCAUCCAACCUGUUCACGAUGACACAAGAUGCACAGCCCAACAAUACCCACGGUAGCCAGCCCCAAUCCUCAUAUGUGCAGCAGGACCGCGCACUGGCGUGUGAUGAAGUCAAAUUCAACAUUCUCAGCUCAUCUCGUUGCUGUCCCAGCAUCCCUCCUUCUCUGGACGGACACGAGAACAUCGGGUGCAGAUCAGUGGCAGGGGAGAUGUCAAUGCCAAGGGUCGGUAUCGGAGCCGUGCCUCGGUCCACUCCAGGGUGCAGCCCAGUGACCGAGUUGAGGUCUCCAACUCCCAGGACGUGUGUCCUGCAAGACCCAAAGUCUGCCCCUGGGAUACUGGAAGCCGGCAAGGAGGCGGCCAGUGGACAAGGAUGCAGUACGGAUCUGCGUAUACAAAGUUGCCCGAUGCCACGUCCACUCACGGCCAGCAUAAGCAUGGCCGACAUGAACAAGGCAAAGGAGGAGGCGGCGGAGGAGGAGAAGAUCAGCAACAACGCAAGCACCGCGGGGCCUGGGAGCAACGCGUGGCAGGGCACGGGCGCAGGCGCGGGUGUGAUGCCGUACCAGACGGCUCGCAUGGCACGGGGCCUAAGUGGCGAGACGGAGUCCCUGCCCGUGCCCAUCAGUGAGGAGGCACAGCAGCAGCAGCAGCAGCUCAGUGGAUGCUACUCGAUGUCAGUCCAAGACAUGGUGCCUUUACCGGAGGUGUGCGAGUGGGUCAUGCAAAGACGGGACUUGAUCAUCCAGCAGAUGACAGAGGCUUGCCUCAACCAAAUUUUGGACUCCCUCGUGGCACGCAACCUCAUCAUGCGGGAGGACUACGAGUCCGUGUUGACGCAGCCAACUCGCACGGCCAAGGUUCGCCGUCUCCUGGACACCUACAGCCCCUCCUUGCCCACGCAAGAGCCCGUCGCCAACAUCAUUGUACACAAGCUUCUCUUGAACAAGCAGAUGGGACUCAAGCCCUUCCCCACUUUGCCCAGCUAGGACCGUACUCCUGCUUCAACAGACAUUUUCCUCUUCACCUCGAAUUAGCACGGUUGGCUACGUACGGUGCGAAAGAAGUUUAACAUGCACACAUUCACACAGCGACAUGGCCGAGCGGUGACGCAUUUGCCGCUUGUUGCAGGGAGUUUGCAAUUCGAACCCAACGGUUGCCCUGGUUAUUUCACUACUGCGGUGAAGUACGGUAAAAAACAAUUCCCAUGCAUGACACAACAUAGGCAGGCCUGCAUCCUGAGUGGAUUGACAAAGGGUUCUAAAUUAUUAUGUUGAUGUUCCCACGGUUAUGAUCGUUAUCGCAAUGGCUGUUGUAAUAAUGUACGAUGUUUAACGUUAUUGUUUUGAUCACCAUUAGAUAACACUUUAAAAUUAUCUCAGCUUUACAUAGGCUUUCGCGACCAAUAUUCAUAAUAAAGGUUUUUGGGUUAGAUCGCGUUAUUUAUAAAUGUGUCGCAACCCUCCACCACCCGACAGGGCCAAUACGUAAAAAAUGUAUCACGUUGACAAAAGACAAAUAAUUCACUACUUUAGCCCACCGGUGUGUUGAGUGAAUCCACAACAUUUACAAUUUUUGAGCACGACGUUUCACUGGUAAUUACAUCCAGCAUCAUCGGGCAA